CCUGGCAGAUCCAUCAUGUGGGAACUGACAGCCCUCCUGCUCCUGGUUCCAAGCAGUGGGCAAGCUGCUACUCUGGAGAAGCCCACAUUGUCUCUACACCCACCCUGGACCACAAUCUUCAAGGGGGAAAGGGUAACCUUGCGGUGUGAUGGGUACCAUCCUCUGCUCCUGGAGCUGCGUCCCAUCAGCACUCUCUGGUAUUUGGGCCACCUACUCCUGCCCUCUCACAAGAAGAGCAUCGAGGUGCAGACACCAGGGGUGUAUCGAUGCCAGACACGGGGAGCACCUGUCAGUGACCCCAUCCACCUCUCUGUAUCCAAUGACUGGCUGAUCCUGCAAGUGCCCUACGCUGCGGUGUUCGAGGGCGAGCCGCUAAUCAUGCGCUGCCGCGGUUGGUACGACAAGAUCGUCUACAAACUUCACUACUACCACGACGGCCAACCCGUGCGCUACUUCCACUCCAGCGCCAACUACACGGUGCCCCAGGCACGCGCCAGCGAUAGUGGGCGCUACCAGUGCUCUGGCACCAUGCGCAUCCCGGUGGAGAGCGCGCCCAUGUUCUCCGCCAAGGUGGCCGUGACCGUGCAAGAGCUGUUCCAGGCGCCGGUGCUGAGGGUGAUGGGCCGGGCGGAGGCUCGCGGCGCGGCCCUCGGCAGCGUGUUCUUGCGCUGCGAGACGCGCCUGCACCCGCAGAAGCGCGACACGCCGCUGCAGUUCGCCUUCUACAAGUACAGUCGCGCCGUGCGCCGCUUCGACUGGGGCGCCGAGUACCACGUCCCCGAGCCCGAGGUCGAGGAGCUGGAAUCUUACUGGUGCGAGGUGGCGACCGCCACCCGCAGCGUCCGGAAACGCAGCCCGUGGCUGCAGCUCCCGGGGCGGGGUUCUCCCCUGGACGUGGCGUCCACCACUGCCCCGGACCCACAGGCCGCGGCCUUGGCGCCCGGUAACAAACCACUUUCCUUCAGAAAGCCCCCAGUGUCCAGAUCGGUCUCGUCGGUCACCUCAGUACCUAACACCACCUCAUCCGGGCUGCUGUUCGCCGGAGGUGGAGCCCACACUGCUGGGCCACCGGACUGCGCUCCGCCGACGCCCUUGAAAGAAACCACUGGAGCCCUAAAACCCGACGUGGACCUUCUGCUUCGAGAAAUGCAGCUGCUCAAAGGCCUUCUCAGCCGGGUGGUCCUGGAAUUAAAGGAGUCACACGCCUUCCCAGAGCACAGGGAAACGCUCGAGACCCCCACUUCCCACUCUGCUGUGAGUCAGGGAACCCCCGAGACCACUACUGUGGAGAGCUGA